AUGAUCGAUGAGAUAGAGAGCAAGACGAAAGUUGUCCCAGUAUUAGGAUUAGUAUGGGAUUUAGAAAAAGAUAGUUUGAGUUGCAAGAUCGAAGAAACAUUUAACUUGAGGGAACCUAUUACCAAAAGAAAAGUUUUGUCAAUUACCCAGAAAAUUUUUGAUCCCAUUGGCUUUACUGCACCGAUAACUGUAAUUCCUAAGCUAAUUUUGCAAGAAACAUGGAACCAGAAGAUUAAGUGGGAUGAAGAUCUUCCUCUUCCCCUAAGUGAGCAGUUUGGGACUUGGUUGAACCAAUUGCCUCUGCUAUCUCAGAUUGAAAUUCCUCGUUGGUUAAAUAUUGAUUACGAAAACGAAGAUACCGUAGUGCUCCACGUUUUUUCGGAUGCUAGUAAAAGAGCCUAUGCCACAUGUGCAUUUUUAAGAGCUGAAACCAUCGAAGGUGUAAAGGUUCAGUUAGUAAGCGCGAGAAGUCGAAUAGCCCCUAUUAAGGAACUUACGAUUCCACGGCUUGAACUUCUUUCCUGUCUGAUAGGUGCCAGGCUUGCCAAAACAAUUCUAUCAGAUUUGAAACUUAAGAAUUGUAGAACAGUGUUCUGGAGUGAUUCUUCUACAGCUUUGGGGUGGAUAAGAAGGGAUCAAGCAUGGG